AUUAGAAUUCAUUAGAGAGAAUAAACUAUGCUCCAAGUUCACUUUUUUGAAUGUGGAGUUAGGUCUAAAUAACUAUGAUAAAAGUAGACUCAUACUUUGAUAAACUUCCUGCCUGCAUCAGACAACCAGGUGAAGAGGAAACAUAAAUAUCACCCACACCUUUUUACCUAACCUGUCUGUCUCCGAGAGUAGCUCGGCACAAGGCGUUUUGCUGCGUCACUCAGUCACUCACUGAUCUCUACACCUGGAUGGUAUACGUAGACAGUGUGAUACAAUACUUCAUCUUCUCCUGGCAUUGUGGAUACCAAGGGUCAAGCUAUGUCCACUCCGGUUUCUCAGGGGGUUCUACGGCCUGUUCUGAUUGGCUGUUUUUUUAUGGCAUGCUUCGUGGGAAUAUUCUUAAUUUACUACAAACCCCAGAUCAAGUUCCUUUCAUGCCCUACUGACCAGGCAUCCCACGAGGGGAAGGCUGGUUGUUCUCCUUGCCCUCAAGUAAGUAUUGCAGGGAACCACACAGGGCAAAAAACACACCAUGCACAGACAGCCAUUCAGGCCGAUGAUGACGGAGACACAGACACUAUCAUUUUGAUCUGGAUGUGGCCAUUUGGUCAUGCCUUUGACAUAGACUCUUGUGUCUACUUUAACAUCAAAGGCUGUCACCUAACAGUGGAUAAAAACCUUUACAGCAAGGCGCACGGUGUCAUAUUCCACCAUAGAGACAUCCAUGGAGACCUGAAGAACAUGCCCCAAGAGCAACGUCCAUGGUACCAGAAAUGGGUGUGGUGGAAUGGAGAAUCACCGGCUAACACAAACAGGAUCCCUGGUGUUGACCACUUGUUCAAUUUGACUGCGAGUUAUCGACUGGAUUCUGAUAUCAAGGUUCCAUAUGGGUCGCUUGUCGAGGUAACCAGUGAGGAUAAAAUCUUUGAGCUGCCCAAGAAGGACAAAUUAGUCUGCUGGGUAGUGAGCAACUGGAACCCAAACUACAAGAGGGUACAGGUGUUCAACGAGCUCAGUAGGCAUGUCAAAAUAGAGGCCUAUGGGAGACAUUUUAGUAGAUACCUAGAAAACGAAGACUACUCAAAGAUGCUGUCCAGCUGUAAAUUCUACCUGGCAUUUGAAAACUCCAUCUACAAAGACUAUGCUACAGAGAAGCUGUUCAACGCUAUGAAGUUGGGAGCAGUGCCCGUUGUUCUAGGUCCAUCCAGGGACAACUACGAGCAAUUUAUCCCAAGGGACUCUUUCAUCCAUGUGGAUGAUUUCUCCUCUACAGAGGAGCUGGCAAAGAAGCUUCUCUUUCUCGACCAGAACGAGGAAGAAUACAUGAGUUACUUCACCUGGCGAAAGAACUUUAAAGUCCAGGGGUGGUGGUUUGGACUUGAGCACGCCUGUCGCUCAUGUGAUUACAUUAGAAGAAAUAAAGGAUACCAAACUUUUCAGAAUCUAAAUAAAUGGUUUUGGGGCUAAGUGACACAUUUGUAGUGAGACAUUUCCAUGUAAAAGGACCCAUAAACCCCAACCUGUGAAGUUCAAUCAAUACAAUGUUUUAUAAUGCCCUUUUUACAUCUGCAGUUGUCACAACAUGCUUCUACAGAAACUGAGCCUAAACCUGCCAACCUACCCAGAAAGUCACACAGCUGUAUAUCGCUGCCAAAGGUGCUUCUACAAAGUAUUGACUCAGGGAUGUGAAUAAUUAUGUAAAUGAGAUAUUUCUGUAUUUAAUUUUCAAUUCAAAAAUAAUAUACUUGUCAUUAUAGGGUAU